CCAUAGAGGCAUUGACUUGUGUGAGCCUCACAUCUCUCUCUCUCUGCUGCUGUGCUUAAGAAAACCUUGAUCUUUUUUUUUCUUGUGCUUUCAAUCCCCUUCAAGGAUUUGCUACCAGUACAAGCAGAACACACACUGCAAGCAGCAGGUCAUAGCUCUACAACUACAGCAACAGGCACACUUUGUGUUAAUCACUGACUCACAAUCCUAUCUUCCAUGGCAUCUUCAUCAUAAAAAGGGGGAUACAACAACUGCUGCAGGCAAAGAAGAAGGACUCAUCUGGCUUCCGUAUCAGUUCCUAAACUUGGACUAGGAGAAAUAUAUGUAUAUAUUAUUUAUCUAGCUGUUUUUUUGGGGAUGCUAACACAGAACACAGAGGAGAUCUGCGAGUGUGGGAAAACAUUAAAGGAAACGCAGAACUAAAUGACAGGAUACAAGACGGAGAAGCAGAACAGUUCCUUCGGUUGUAGGACACAGAUCUGGUCGCUUUCCUGGAGCUAAGCUCGGAAUACAGGAUUUCUGCUGAUUGUUUUUUUGGGGGCUUUUUUGCCAUUUUUCAAGAUUUUGCUAAAGCUUCAGCCUAAGGAUGCAUCCCUGGUUGGUCUUCUGCUGGUGCUGGGUCCUGGUUGUCCAUAUAGCCAGAGCUACAAGGAAUGAUAAAUGUGGAGAUACUAUUAGGAUCACAAAUCCUAGCUACCUUACUUCUCCUGGAUAUCCAAAUUCCUAUCACCCAUCUGAAAAAUGUGAAUGGCUAAUACAGGCCCCAGAACAGUACCAGAGGAUAUUGAUUAACUUCAACCCCCACUUUGAUUUGGAAGACAGAGAGUGCAAAUAUGACUACGUGGAGGUGUUUGAUGGAGAAAAUGCCAAUGGACGUCUGUUGGGAAAGUUUUGUGGAAAAAUCGCUCCUUCUGCUUUGGUUUCCACAGGCCCGUCCUUGUUUAUCCGAUUCGUCUCCGACUAUGAAACUCCUGGGGCGGGUUUUUCAAUCCGCUACGAAAUUUUUAAAGCAGGUCCAGAAUGCUCUCGGAACUUUACAUCACUAAACGGAAUAAUAAAAUCACCAGGAUUCCCAGAAAAAUACCCCAAUGCUUUGGAAUGCACCUAUAUUUUAUUUGCACCGAAGAUGUCGGAGAUCAUAAUGGAAUUUGAAAGCUUUGAGUUAGAACCUGACUCCAACGCACCGGGCGGAAGGUCCUGCCGAUAUGACUAUUUGGAAAUUUGGGAUGGCUUUCCUGGAAUUGGACCUCACAUCGGACGCUACUGUGGACAGAACACCCCAGGGCGUAUUCGCUCAGCUACUGGCAUCCUCUCUAUGAUAUUUCACACCGACAAUGCAAUAGCCAAGGAGGGAUUCUCCGCGAACUACACCGUACUACAAAGCAAUGCUGAAGAAGAUUUUGAGUGCAAGGAACCUCUUGGGAUGGAAUCGGGGGAAAUUCAUUCUGACAGAAUAACGGUUUCAUCCCAGUAUAGCACCAACUGGUCUGCGGAAAGAUCGCGUCUGAAUUAUGUUGAAAAUGGAUGGACUCCAGGAGAGGAUUCUGUUAAGGAAUGGAUUCAGGUCGACCUUGGACUUCUCCGCUUUGUUUCUGGAAUCGGAACCCAGGGAGCCAUCUCUAAAGAAACCGGCAAGAAAUAUUAUGUAAAAUCCUACAAGGUCGAUAUUAGCUCUAACGGGGAAGACUGGAUUACUCUAAAAGACGGAGCUAAGCAUCUGGUCUUUUCAGGAAACACCAACCCAUUUGAUGUUGUCUAUAGAGCAUUCCCUAAACCGGUCCUAACCCGCUUUAUAAGGAUUCGGCCUGUAACUUGGGAGACCGGAAUAUCGCUAAGAUUUGAAGUUUAUGGUUGUAAGAUAACAGAUUAUCCGUGUUCUGGAAUGUUGGGCAUGGUAUCAGGACUCAUCUCUGACUCCCAGAUUACGGCUUCUAGUCAAGUGGAUCGCAAUUGGGUUCCUGAGUUUGCACGCCUUGUAACGAGUCGCUCUGGGUGGGCACUUCGGCCAUCCAAUGCCCACCCUUACACCAAGGAGUGGCUCCAGGUUGACCUUGGCGAAGAGAAGGUGAUACGUGGAAUUAUCAUUCAAGGUGGAAAGCAUAGGGAGAACAAGGUCUUCAUGAGAAAGUUCAAAAUCGGCUACAGUGACAAUGGAACAGAGUGGGAAAUGAUUAUGGACUCAAGCAGAAAUAAAGCAAAGACAUUUGAAGGAAACACAAACUACGAUACCCCAGAGUUAAGGACUUUCGCCCCCAUAUCAGCUCGCUUCAUCCGCGUGAUUCCUGAAAGAGCCUCCACCUCAGGGCUAGGAUUACGUCUGGAGCUUUUGGGCUGUGAACUGGAAGUGCCUACAUCCAUACCUACCACGCCUGAGGUCAACGUGCUGGACGAAUGCGAAGAAGAUCCGGCAAACUGCCAUAGUGGAACAGGUGAUGACUACAGACUUACAGCAGGAAGGACAGUGCAAAGUACCGAGGCCCCAACUACAGAGGACAAUAUAGACCCAACAGGCAUGGCACAUGAAGACCUCGAUUGCACGUUCGGAUGGGGAUUAGAGAAAACCACCUGUCUGUGGGAACAUGACAAUAGCUUAGGUCUGAAAUGGACUGUUCUGAACAGCAAAACUGGACCAGUUCGGGAUCACACCGGUGAUGGCAAUUUCCUUUACUCCGAGGCUGAUGAAAGGCACAGAGGUAAAGCCGCGCGAUUGCGGAGUCCUAUCAUUUCCUCCUCCAAAUCGGCUCACUGCAUGACCUUCUGGUACCAUUUCUCUGGCACCCACGUUGGCUCAUUGAGUAUUAAACUGAAGUAUGAGAAUCAAGAUGACUACGGACAAAACUUGUUGACCAUCAACGGCAAUCAAGGCAACCACUGGAGAGAAGCCAGAGUGUUUCUUCAGAAAUCCAUGAAGCAGUAUCGGGUAAUUGUGGAAGGUACAAUCGGCAAAGGGAGUAGCGGUGGAAUUGCGGUAGACGAUAUUAUUAUCACCAAUCAGAUUUCUAAAGAAAACUGUAAAGAAUCCCACGAGUCCGGCAAUGAACUGGAGGAAAUAUUGCAUGAAAAUGAUAAAACAGGCUUCACCCCCAACUACUCUGGCGAGCAUUUCAAUGAAAGCAUCUCCAAAAAGCCAGGAAAUGUGCUGAAAACCUUGGACCCCAUUCUCAUCACAAUCAUAGCAAUGAGCGCCUUGGGGGUACUGCUAGGGGCCAUCUGUGGAGUUGUCCUUUAUUGCGCAUGUUGGCACAACGGCAUGUCGGAGAGGAACUUAUCAGCCCUGGAGAAUUACAAUUUCGAACUGGUGGACGGUGUUAAGUUGAAAAAGGACAAACUAAACACACAGAAUUCAUAUUCAGAGGCAUGAAGCUACGAAGGAGGAGGGAAAUGUAACCGUUACAUUAAAAAGGAAAUGACUUAAAAUAACAGGUGGUUCGGAACCGACAAAGUUUUACUGUUCAGGCUUUUUGGUGCGUUGGAUGAUGCGGAGCCAAGCUUUUCUCAGGAGCUUCAGUGAAUAUACCUGAUACCUACGAACGUAUAUACAAUCUAAAUCUUGUACAGUCGGCUUUCUGUUUUGAAUAAUCAAAUGCUGGUUUUGAGACCAAUUCUGAUCGAUUUAUGGUUUGUAAUCUCUGUUCCCGUUACGUUGCGUUCUCCUGCUAUGGAUAUUCCUUUGUUGUGCGCGAAAUCCAAGAUGCUGUCGCAGAUGACACAAAGUGGGGUUCCCCGGAUGGACGCACAUCCCCCCCCCGGGUGCCUGCACCCGCAAAAAACCGUAGGACGUUCGACACAAGCCCUUCCUCCCAUGUCUGUGCAUAUCUGUCUGUGCUGUGUAUAAAGCAACAAAGACUUCAGAAGUCCUACAAUACGUACCACUAUUAAUGUUUCUGCAUUUUUAAAGCAAAGCUAUAAAUUAUUGUUGCUUUUCGGUGUAGUAAUCGAGCAAAGUGCUUAAAACGUCUAUACAGUACACACACCAUCAUUAAAUCCAACAGGCAAUAGAGGGUAACGACGACCCUUAUGAAAAUGUUGUUGGCACUGGCUAGUGGAUGUCCUCUCAAGUGCCUUUUUUUGUGUUUGUAUUGAUUUUUGACCGUGUUAUCACUGACUACAACGAUGUUCUUAUUGUAGGCCCUUGUCUCUAACUGUCUCUAGCUUAAAAAAAAGGUUUUUUUCGCAUAGUCUUUAGAAGACAAGGGCUAAAAAAAAAAGUUGUCCAUUUGGUUGAUGGGUUUCUAUCGCAAAACGUAUCUUUUGGUUGGUCCAUAAGUUUAUUGUAAAAAGCUGCAAUAUCUCAUUUUUUUGUGUUUUUUCUCUCUGUAGAAUGUAUUUAACAAUCUAUACUAUAUGUCGGCCAUAGUCAGAUAACCAUAAUGCAGCUUUGGGGCCGAGGAAAUGCAAAAAGAACCAAUAGGCCCUUUCUGCGUAGACCUUUUUUUUGCUGAAGGCCUAGGGUGAGGAACAUGUUGCAGAGCAAUGAGUUGAUCGCCGCUCUAAUGCCAAAAGGGUGACAAA